UAUUGCUUUGAGAGAUGAAUUUGAGCCGAUUAGAAGGUCUAUACUGUGUCGAUUAUUUCUACCGAGCGUUGAGAAAGCUGUUAGGGAGUUGGAAGAAGAGGAGAUAAGGCUUAAGCCUUCAAUUGUCUCUGAAUUUGAUCAGUCACACAAAUUCAACAAGCCAUCUUCAUCUGGGGAUAGGUCUGCUAUGUAUUCUUCUUCUUCAGUGACAGAAACUAAUGAUUGGCCUUCUUUCCUGGGAGGUUUGGCCAAAGUUGCCAUUGCUUCAUUUGCUGCAGUACAGGCUUCUCGGACACUGUAUAAUUACUAUACUGAACCUGUUGCAGUUGAAUCUUUCUCAGGAACGGGAAGUACUUCGAGAACAUUGAAGAUUUUGAGUUAUAAUGUUUGUUUCCGAGAAGACUUGGAAAUUCAUAAGAGGAUGAAAGCUGUGGGUGGCCUUAUUCAGUUGCAUUCCCCUGAUCUGAUAUGCUUCCAGGAGGUUACUUUGAAAAUCUAUGACAUUUUUCAACAAUCCAGCUGGUGGAACUUGUACCAUUGCUCAGUUUCAAAUGUGAUGGAAUAUAAAAGCAGAUCCUUCUGCAUGCAGUUAAGUAAACUACCAGUAAAUUCAUACAGCCGUAAACCAUUCAGUAAUUCCACAAUGGAUAGAGAACUUUGCGUUGCUGAGGUUGAAGUUCAGGCAGACAUGCCAUUGGUUGUUGCCACUAGCCAUCUUAAAGGUCCUGGUCCUGGCCCUCGCAAUUGGGAUCAGUCGUUCAGCAAGGAACGUGUUGAUCAGGCAAAGGAAGCGCUGACCUUUCUUAAAAAAAAUGUAAACGUGAUUUUUUGUGGUGACAUGAAUUGGGAUGACGAUUUGGAUGGUCAAUUUCCUUUGCUCAAUGGAUGGGUUGAUGCCUGGGUGCAGUUAAAGCCAAGAGAAAAUGGAUGGACAUAUGAUACCAAAUCCAACAAGAUGCUUUAUGGUGAUUGGCCUGUGCAAAAGCGACUUGAUCGAUUUGUAUGCAAUUUGCGUGAUUUCAAGAUAAGAGGAAUAGACAUGAUUGGCAUGGAGGCAAUACCGGGUCUAUCAUAUUGGAAGAAAGGGAAAAACAAGGUGGACAAAGUGCCUGUGUUUCCUAGUGAUCAUUAUGGGUUGCUAUUAACAAUCAGUGCCAAGUAA